UUCUCAUCGCUCAUCUACCAAACCAAAUGUCUGUUGACUGAUUUACACAACAUUUUAAUCGUCGUCCCACAUUUAUUUAGUUUUUCUUUUUCAACUUCCGAAAAAACAUACGAUUUUAAUAAAUUAUAAAAAUAAUAAUUAACUCUCUCGCCGUUUAAUUGUUACAAUCUCACGGUUGGUAUUUGUGUAAGUUAUAAGUUUUUAUUUUAAUACUUAAAAAGAGAUCAAAGUUCAAAGACUGCAUACAAAGUAACAUUUUAAAACGUAGAAAAAUACUGAAUUAAUUUCCAAGUGAAGUUAAAAAAAAAAUAAGUAAAAAACAAAAACUUCAAACAUGUCUGGGGAAAAUAUUGUAAUUGAUGAUAGUUCUACCUCCUCAAGUUCCAACACUGAGGAAUCUGCGUCUUUCAUUGCUUCGGUUAUAAAUGAAAUCAUCUACAGUCCCAUGAAUUUGGCUCUUGUAGCCGUAAUUGCAUUCCUCGUUUAUAAAAUAAUCAAAGACCGAAUUGAAGUCCCUCACAGCGAUGUUAAGCCACCACAACCUGAACUACCAAAACUGCGAAGAGACUUCACAAUUCAGGAGUUGAGGGCAUUCGAUGGCAAUCAACCAGAUGGAAGGGUUUUAAUUGGUGUAAAUGGAAGUGUAUAUGACGUCACCAAAGGAAAGAAUUUCUACGGACCAGGUGGACCAUAUGCUUCGUUUGCUGGUCGCGAUGCAUCAAGAAACCUGGCAACAUUCAAUGUAACAGCCAACGACAAUGAUGAAUACGAUGACCUUAGUGAUCUUAAUGCCAUGGAAAUGGACUCCGUCCGAGAAUGGGAAAUGCAAUUCAAAGAAAAAUACAUCUACGUUGGACGUCUUCUGAAGAAAGGUGAACAACCAACCAAUUAUUCAGAUGAAGAUGAAGACGCAACAAACGAUAAACAAGAAAAAUCCGAUGAAGCACCAUCAUCCCCUGCUGCUGCUACCGAUGAUGAGGGAUUAAGAAAACGUACCACCGCUACCGCUUCCGCUGCACCUGCCUCUGCCGCUACUCCAGUUGCUAGCGAAUCCUCUAAAGUCGAGGAAGUUAAAUAAAGCACCAACCAGAAGUCUGAAGCUGGGUCCAACAACCGCUGAAAGCUUCAAAUUUAUUUUAAUGAACAAAAAUUAGUGAAUUAAGAUUCAUUUUUCAUAGAAAAAAAAAACAAAAACAACAAACAAAACUAUCUUACCCUAGUUUUGACUUAAAAUCUGAGACACAACAACAAAAAAUAAAUAUAUAUUGUUUCAAAUUUUGAGAAAAACAUGGCUUUAGUUUUCAUAUGUAAGCAAAUUUACAACAUUUUUCCUUAAUUUUGAUUUCUUUGUUUUAUACAUUUAAAAAAAAAAUAUUGUUAAAUUUUCUUAAUUUCCAUUUUUUUAUUAAAUUACAUAAAUAUAUAUAUUUGCAUAACAAACAAAAAUUACUAAAAAGAAAGAGAGAUGUAAAAAAGAUUGGAAGAGAAAAAUAUUUACUAUACCUUUACUUAGAUUUUAUCAUUUUGCAAGGAUUUUGUUUAAUUUUGUUUUUAUUUUUCAUUUUAAUUUUGUGUUUUAAUUAAUUCUAGUUAUGUUUUAUGUACACACACACAUUCAACACCCUCGAGACUUAUUAAAUAUUGUACACAUUCACAUUAAAAUUCCUUCGAAUGUGUGUGUUUGGGGGGCACUUUUAAUAAUUUUCUAUUGAAAACCUAAUACUUAAAAAAAAGAAAAAACAAAUAAUAUAAUAAUAAAACUUUAACGAUAAUUGUUUAUAAGAACAUA